UCUACCUAAUAUCAUAAUAAGCCAUGGAACAAUCAACGGAGAGUGAAAAAGACCUGAUGUCCGAGGACGAACAGAAAUAUUGCGAUUCUGAUUUUUCAUCGGAAGAUGAAUGUGUGGAUGUGUUGUCGCAUGAAGACGACGAUGCGGAUGUUUGUGUUGAUAAAAGUGACAAUAUAUCUGAAGCUAGUGCUAGUAAUAAUAAGUUUUCUAUUGACAGUAUUUUGGGAUUGACAUCUAAGGAAACCAAGGAAAGUGAAAAGUGCAAUAGACAGUUUAAUUUUAUCAAACCUACGCCGGUUCCUGCUACAUCACGUGGAGUUUCUCUGUAUCAAUCGUUAAUCGAGCUACAGCAGUAUGGACAAGUGGACUCAAUGCCUCCGGAUCCAGGACUGUUGGACUUCAUUUCGGCAUCUAAAAUAUCACCUAUUUCACCAAAUCAGGCCAAUUCAAACGAAUCCUCUUACCCAGCAUACCAAUUGCAUCAAGGAACCUCUACGUCAUCCUUCCUCUACGCCAAUUGGAUAAGCAAUUCAGAAAACAAAAGUUCUAGUCAUAUGUUUGGAUUGCAAGCUCCAAAGCCAUCUAGUCGUCGAUCAAGGAAGCCGGGUUUGGACAGAAAACCUCGUCAAGCGUACAGCGCCAAACAGUUGGAACGUUUGGAGAGCGAAUUUAAAAUCGACAAAUAUCUGAGUGUCAGCAAACGAAUGGAACUCUCUAAAGCCUUGAAUCUUACUGAAGUGCAGAUAAAGACCUGGUUUCAGAAUCGGCGCACUAAAUGGAAGAAACAGUUAACUACAAGGUUAAAAAUGGCUCAGCGACAGGGAUUAUUUCCUCCUCAUUAUUUCACACCAACUUCAUCACAGUAUUCUGCUUUGUUGACGCCUUAUUACUCCCCAAUUAGUUGUGUAUUUGGAAUACCAACCCUAGAUGACGCCAACAUGCCGUCUAGCUCACAAUCAGAUAAUCAUAGACCCGUCAUGCCAAACACAUAGAAAAAUGUAUUGUACUUUUGAUCAUGAUUUGAUAUACCCAUUCUAAAUAUGUUUAUUAUAUUAUAUACAUAUUUGUUGCUGAAGUAGCAGGAUUA